CAAACAUUAAGGAUCAUUUUUAUCAUUUUAUCUCAACCUUGGUGGGACCGAAAUUUUCCCUUUUUUUUAUUCGUGUUCUUAUUUAUACAUGCAAGAAUCGGUAGAGUUUUUCUUCUCAUUCACCUUUUUCCUCUCUUUGCUUCAUCAAAAACUGAUCAACAUGGGAGCAAAAAUAUUUCUAGUUGUCCUGUUUCUCUCAGCACUGUUAUCUCCAUUGGCUUCCUCAUCAUCAAAUGAUGGCUUUGUUAGAAUUGGGUUGAAAAAAAUGAAAUUUGAUCAAAACAACCGACUUGCUGCACGCCUCGAGUCCAAGGACGGGGACGCUUUGAGGGCGAAGUAUAACUUCGGUGGUAAACUUGGGGAGUCUGAGGAUACAGAUAUUGUAGCACUGAAGAACUAUAUGGAUGCUCAAUACUUUGGGGAGCUUGGUGUAGGCACUCCACCUCAAAAGUUUACUGUAAUCUUUGACACUGGUAGCUCGAAUUUGUGGGUGCCUUCGUCGAAGUGUUAUUUCUCUGUUCCCUGUUUCUUUCAUUCCAAGUACAAAUCAAGCCAAUCAAGUACUUAUAAGAAGAAUGGGAAGUCUGCUGCAAUUCAGUAUGGUAGUGGAGCUAUUUCUGGAUUCUUCAGUCAGGAUAGUGUCAAAGUUGGUGAUCUUGUGGUAACAGAUCAGGAAUUUAUUGAGGCAACCAGAGAACCCAGCGUCACAUUUUUGGUAGCCAAGUUUGAUGGUAUACUGGGUCUUGGAUUCCAGGAGAUCUCUGUUGGAAAUGCCAUCCCAGUUUGGUACAACAUGGUCAAACAGGGCCUUAUCAAGGAGCCUGUCUUCUCAUUUUGGCUCAACCGAAAUACAGAGGAAGAGCAAGGGGGAGAAAUCGUGUUUGGUGGUGUUGAUCCUAAUCACUUUAAGGGAGAAAUCACUUAUGUCCCAGUCACGCAGAAAGGUUAUUGGCAGUUUGACAUGGGCGAUGUUUUGAUCGAUGGUAAAGCUACCGGUUACUGUGAAAGUGGCUGCUCUGCUAUAGCAGAUUCAGGGACUUCUCUUGUGGCUGGUCCAUCGACCAUAAUCACUAUGAUUAAUCAAGCAAUUGGAGCCACUGGAGUUGCAAGCCAACAAUGCAAAGCUGUAAUUCAGCAGUACGGGCAAACAAUCAUGGAUUUGCUGUUAGCAGAGGCACAUCCAAAGAAGAUCUGCUCGCAGGUUGGAGUAUGCACUUUUGAUGGGACUCGCGGAGUUAGUAUGGGAAUUGAGAGUGUAGUGGAUGAGAAAGCUGGCAGAUCAGCAGGACUGCAGGAUGGCAUGUGCUCUGCUUGUGAAAUGGCGGUCAUAUGGAUGGAGAAUCAACUGAAACAAAACCAGACUCAAGAUCGCAUAUUGAAAUAUGCAAAUGAGCUUUGUGAGCGUCUCCCAAGCCCAUUGGGAGAAUCAGCUGUUGACUGUGGAAAGCUUUCUUCCAUGCCUACAGUCUCCUUCACAAUCGGUGGAAAAGUGUUUGACCUUUCCCCCAACGAGUACAUACUCAAGGUGGGCGAGGGUGAUAAAGCACAAUGUAUUAGUGGUUUCACUGGCUUGGAUAUUCCUCCUCCCCGUGGACCUCUCUGGAUCUUGGGUGAUGUUUUCAUGGGUCGAUAUCACACAGUGUUCGAUUAUGGCAAACUCAGAGUUGGAUUUGCUGAAGCAACUUAAUGAAACUAAUGCCCCUACAUUCACCCUCUCCUAUCGAUAUAGCAAGUGGGAUUGAAUGUAUGAACACAAGGUGUUAGAAAAAACUAUACUUGUGAAUAUUUGUCUUUUCUCUUCGACUAUGAGAUGUAGCACUGCUACUAUAUCCUUUGUGCUUGAUUGCUGUUUGUGUGUUUUUGCAUUUAAAAUCAGGUGAUCGAAUGUCUUAAGGAUGUGUCAAUGAUUGAUGAUUUCAUUCUCAUUGCAGCAGGAUUCAUAAUGUUGAUGUUAAGUGUUUGCCAUUA